AUGUUUUCUCUACGAUUCUUAUUCUUCGUCACUCUUUUGGCGGCCGUUGUGCUUGCCGCUCCCGCCCCUGCCCGCAAGAGGGGUCUCCAAAAACGCUCGUUCAAAGUUCCCAGGCAAAUCAACAGGGCUCACCCGACUGGACCUAAUGGCGCUGCUGCUAUGAGGAAGGUGUUCAGGAAGUACAACUUCAAGGUGAAGGAGGACUUCAUGGUCAAGGAGGGUUUCAUCUCGUUCUCAAAGCAGAGCCAGAACGUGACCGCAGCUGCUGCCACUGGUGGCAACAAGACUGGCAGUGUUGCAGCCAACCCUGAGGACAACGCUGCUCUGUUCUUGUCGCCUGUCGAUAUUGGUGGUCAGACCCUGAACUUGGACUUCGACUCUGGUUCUUCCGAUCUUUGGUGUUUCAGUACUGAGCUCGACCCGCAACUGAUCGGCCAACACUCCGCUUUCGACGCAUCCAAGUCUACUUCCUUCAAGGCCACUGCCGGUGCUCAGUGGAAGAUCAGCUACGGUGACGGUUCUGGCGCUGCUGGUAUCGUUGGCACUGACACUGUCACCAUUGGAGGUGUCAAGGUUGAGGGUCAGACUGUCGAGCUAGCCAACCAAGUAUCCCAGUCUUUCGUCCAGGACACCAACACUGAUGGCCUCGUCGGUCUUGCAUUCUCCAACCUCAACACUGUCAACGACGGAACCAAGAAGACCCCCGCAAAGACCUUCUUCGACAACGUCAUGCCCAACCUAGACAUGCCCGUCUUCACUGCCGACCUCGACCCAGAUGGCACCGGUGUUUACGAGUUCGGCAAGAUCGAUGCUACAAAGUUCGAAGGCGACAUGGCAUGGAUCCCAGUCAAGGCUGACACUGGCUUCUGGCAAUUCGGCUCUACCAAGUUUGCCGUCGGCGACCAGCUCUUCGAGAACCCUCAAGGCUCCGACGCCAUCGCCGACACCGGUACAUCGCUCCUGCUCGUCGACCAGCAGGUUGCCGAGGCAUACUACUCGCAAGUCCAGGGUGCUCAGCUUAACGCUCAGGUCGGUGGCUUCAUCUACCCGUGCGGUACUGCCCUCCCUGACAUGAGUGUCGCAAUCGGCGACUCAUACAUGGCCAAGAUCCCCGGUAGCCAGAUUACUUUCGCCACAGUUGAUGCGGCCAACACGACCUGCUUCGGCGGUGUACAAGGCAACCAGGGUGCCGGUCUGCAGAUUUACGGUGACACAAUGUUCAAGGCCCAGCUCGUUGCUUUCAACGGAGGAAACCAGUCUCUCGGCUUCGGUCAGAAGCCUGUUCCCAAAUAG